UGACCGCCUCUCUCCUCGCCCCGUCGAGAUGGCGGCGCCUGUGGAAGAGGAGCAAGCGCUGCUGGACGGGGACUCGUUGCCGGAGCACGAUGGCUGCCCUGCGCGGAAGCCGAUGUCGGCCCUGUGCGACCCGCAGCGGGUGGCUCAUCGGAUGCUGGUCCUGGCGCUCAUGUGCUUCCUGGGCUUCGGCAGCUAUUUUUGCUAUGACAACCCCGCAGCGUUGCAAACUCAGGUCCAAAAGGAUAUGAAGGUGAACACAGCUGAAUUCAUGGCACUGUAUGCCUGGUAUUCUUGGCCCAAUGUGGUUCUCUGUUUCUUUGGAGGCUUUCUGAUAGACAGAGUCUUUGGAAUAAGGUGGGGCACAAUAAUAUUCAGCACCUUUGUCUGUAUUGGACAGGUGAUUUUUGCUGUGGGAGCAAUAUGUAAUGCUUUUUGGCUGAUGGAAGCCGGCAGAUUUGUAUUUGGGAUUGGUGGAGAGUCCUUGGCAGUGGCGCAAAAUACCUAUGCUGUCAGUUGGUUUAAAGGAAAAGAAUUAAACCUUGUGUUUGGGCUGCAACUCAGCAUGGCUAGAAUUGGGAGCACUGUCAAUAUGAAUAUUAUGGGAUGGGUAUACUCCAAAGCUCAAGAUCUGAUCGGUUCUACGGGUCACACCACUCUUGGUAUAGCUCUCUUGAUAGGUGGCGUGUCAUGUAUCUUUUCACUACUCUGUGCUCUCAUUCUUGGCUAUCUGGAUAAAAGAGCAGAGAAGAUUCUUUGCAAAGAGCAGGGAAAAACUGGUGAAGUGAUAAAAUUAACCGAUGUGAAAGACUUCUCGCUGUCCUUGUGGCUCAUAUUUAUUAUCUGCGUUUGCUACUAUGUGGCCGUCUUCCCUUUCAUUGGACUUGGAAAGGUUUUCUUCAUUGAGAAAUUCAAGUUUUCUCCUCAAGAAGCAAGUGCAAUCAACAGCAUUGUCUAUAUCAUAUCAGCACCCAUGUCCCCUGUCUUCGGAUUCCUGGUAGACAAAGUUGGAAGGAAUGUCACCUGGGUUAUGUGUGCUGUAGUGAUUACUCUGGCGUCUCAUAUAAUGCUGGCCUUUACCUUCUGGAACCCUUGGAUUGCCAUGUGUUUCCUGGGAGUAGCUUAUUCCCUGCUGGCCUGUGCCUUGUGGCCUAUGGUAGCUUUCGUUGUCCCUGAACACCAGCUUGGAACUGCUUAUGGCUUCAUGCAGUCAAUCCAGAACUUGGGCCUGGCCAUCAUUGCCAUCGCAGCUGGCAUGAUCCUGGAUUCCCGGGGCUACCUCUUCCUAGAAAUCUUCUUCAGUGCUUGUUUGUGCUUGGCCCUCAUUGCUGUUGUCAUGCUGUACUUUGUGAAUCUCCUCAGAGGAGGUGACCUUAACUGGUCUGCAAAGAAAAGGGAAAAACUACAGAAACUAGCUGUGGCUGAAGCAAAAAGACGGGAAAAAAUAAGACGUCAGAAUGAAGAUGACUUAGCCAAAUUGCAACCAAAGAAUGACUUUAGUUUGAGGAAUAGGUAUCUCUCCAGAUUAGGUGCUCAGUUGCCAGACACCUAUGUUUGCCACUUAGCUGCACUGGCACACAGAAGUGUGUUGAAAUAGCAGAAUUGUGUUCCAAGAUGUGGAAAUGGCAGUGUGAAAUUUUGUGCAACGCAGGACCCCACUCUUGUGUGGAAGAGAGCUGCAGUAUACAGAACGGGAAGCGGUCAAUAUUAGAUCUUGUGCGAACAAGCAGUUAGCUGACCUCUUGGAAGAUUUUAAGAUGCUACAUUGAAUUCUGUGCCAAAGUGGGUGGGAUGGAACUAUUUUUUAAAAAAAGUUUCCAUGGAUUUACAGCUGUUUGCAGUCACCUGCAAACACCUUUGCUUAGAACUCCUAUCCGCUUACUGUUUUCCUGAGGGGCAAUCUGCAUUUUGAAUAGAAUUUCAUAAAACAAUAUGAAUUUGGGGCAAAAAAAAAAAUACCUGUUCAGUAUAACUACACUCUGGACUUAGAUAUAUUUUAUUCACAUUCUAGGUUUCUUUUGCUCUUAAGAAGGAAGCAGUGGAGCCUUAAUUCACUAGACUAUUAAUUUCUGUGAAAUUUUUAGCUUUUUAUCAGAAACCUUUUAAAGACACUACUACCUUAAAAGUGACUUCUUGAAAACGUAGGGAUUUUCAUAUUUUGUGUUGAUGAAAAGCAGAAGCAUGACAUUUCCUAUGGAAAUAGCUUAAAGUGUAUUUCCUCUUCUUUAUUAAGGUAAUGGUAGCAAUAAAAUGGUAGAACUU